AAUAUGUUGGAAUAUUUGUCAACGAUCUCUUUUAAUUUACCUAAAAUACCUGUUUUUGCAGAGGAAAGAAUGUUUUCUAACGAAACGUCGAUCUUUAGAACUACGAACUAAACUAGUUGUAUUUUACCUUUCACGCUGUAAUUCUAUCUUAUUAUCUAUUUUCUCUACAAAAUUUUCAUUUAGAUGUAUUUUUACGUAGUCUUGGUGUCGUUAUUUGUUAUUGAAUUGACUGAGGAGAAAUAUAUUUCUAUACUAACACACUUCUUCGAAUAACAAAGGGUAGAACUCUCUUUGUUAAUUAUACAAUAUAUAUAAUAUAAUAUUUUCACCUUUUCUAUGUUAAAUACACGACAAUGUUCUUUUUCAACUAAACAAACUAAUGAUAAUUUUCUAUAUUUGCCUUUUUAUCGUUACAGAUAAAUUAAAAAAAGUAUAAUUUCCUAUAAAAAGAAUCAACACUAUAUUACCCUCCUAAAAUGGACAAUGACUAUUCAACAACCAUUGAUAGAUUCAACACUUUUUCGUUCUUUCCCCAUUCAAAUUUUAACUUUAAGAAUUUAUCAAUAAUGGGAUUUUAUUUUACUGGGAGAAGAACUGAAAUAAAAUGCUAUUGUUGUCAAUUAGUAGUGAAUGAUUGGACUAUUGAAGACACUCUUAAUGAGCAAGCAGUUUUGAAGAAACAUUUAACAGAAUCUCCAAAAUGUUCAAAUGCUAACAAACUAUACAUUACUCAUAAUAGUCAAUAUCUACAUCAAGAUGUUCAACCGUUUACAAUAAAUGUGAAUGAAGUCUUACAAAAGGCAGAUCUAAGCAUUGUAUCUAAUAGAUUGAAGACAUUCAUUAGUUGGUCAGCUAAAAAUGCACAAAGUCCGCCCGAGCUUGCAAAAUGUGGUUUUGUGUUUAUUGGUCCUGAGGAGUCUGAUAGAGUUCAGUGUGUUUAUUGUUUAGUAGUCUUGACAUCAUGGAAUUCAUCAGAUACUGUGAGAGGGGAACAUGCGAGGCAUAGUGAAAAUUGUCCAAUGGUGACUAACAAUUUUGAUGAAAAUAUAGUAAAAAUGAAUCAUCAACCGAAAAUGGGUAUACACGUGUUUGAAAGUGCUGCUGAGGUACUGGGCGUUAACGAUCAGCCAAUGUUAGAGAAAAUUUCUUCAGAGGAGAUUGCAUAUUCAAAUAUGAAACCAGGAACUCCAUCGAAAAGUUUAUUCAUAAAGCGCUUAGAAACAUUCGAAUAUUGGUCUUCAUCGAUACCUCAAAAACCAAAAGAUUUAGCCAAGGCGGGAUUCUUUUUUCUAAAAGGGACAUACGAUAUUGUACAAUGCUUUUGGUGCGGUUUGAGAUUAUUUAAUUGGGAACCACAAGACGAUCCUCUAAGAGAACAUGAACGACACCACCGAAACUGCAAAUACCUUCAGGAUCGAUUAAGAGAGAGAAUGAAUGAAGAAAUGCAAAACGUUUCGUUAAAUGAGGAAGCUAUAUCAAUUCAAGAAACUAAUAUCUUACCUCAAGAUAUGCAAGAUAUCAAUAAGGAAGACGAACAGGGUUUGUGUAAACUAUGCUUUUCGAAAAAAAGAGACACACUAUUUUUGCCCUGCAAACAUCUUAUCGCCUGCAACGAAUGUUCAAUAAACAUUAUCAGUGAAGAGACUUCGUUGUGUCCCUAUUGUAGAGCAACUAUUAAAGGAACAGUUCUGGUUUAUCUGUGAAUGUUCCUGGUGGAAACCUUUUAUCAUUAAAUCUGCCUUGUUUUUAAUAAUUUGUUCUGAAAUCACAUCUACAAUUGGGAAGAAGAGAGAAAAGCAAGUGGAAGAGAAGAAAUCUAUAAAUAUAAUAAAGUUCUUAUUAUAAACAAGAGAUCCUUAUUCAUGGCUGUGUGAUGCACAUAUCUAUUACCAUAGAUGUAGCUAACUCGCUAAAUUCUCAAUAAUAACCGUAUUAAAAUAAUAUGGGACUAAGAUUAGAUUAUCUUCGUAUUUAUUGUCUCUAACUGUGUUCAAUAUUUUUUGUACUCGAUUUAUUUGAACUCUUUGUUUGCUAAUCGAUAACGUUUUUUCUUCAUAAAUCUAUAGAUACGUCAGUUACAAAAAACCCAACUUAUCGAAGGUUCUUAUGAAUUCUUUAAAUUUUUAUAUUCUUUUUCUUUUUUGAAUAUAAGCAAAUAACCAAGUUUUUGGAGUUUGGUAUAAUUUCCUCUUUCAGACGUCCGGCUUUUAAAAAAGUCUACUGACAAAUAAAAAUUGAAUAGUAGAAAAUUCUUAAAAGCAAUAUAUGCAAUUUUUAAAUAGUAUAGUAACAGUUUGGAAUUAUUCAUGUCGGGUUUAAAAGGAUUUUAUUACUAAACGAACACAUUGUUUGACCACUUGGGCCUACAGUCAUUUGAUACAAUGAAAUUACGUAAUUAAAGCAAUUUUGAGUUUAAGUAUACAGUU